AUGGGUGUGGUCGAAACGCGAUUACUUCUACGAGGUGCAGCUACUGGCGCUAACUUUUUCAUCGCCUCAUUUUCCGCCCUGCUGGUUUGUGUCGCUGCAGACGUCUCUCAUCUCGGUGGUGGCUACAAUUAUCCAGCGCCUGUGCAUGAAUCUGUGCACUCACAACCAAUACUACCACAAAAUACCUACAUUGCGCCUGCAGCACCAGCACCGGCGCCAUCUCACGGCUACAGCUAUCCGGCACCAGCGCGAAUUCAUGAAGCAGUAAAAUCCCGACCAGUUGCACCAGCUCCAGCGCCAUCUCAGGGCUACAGCUAUCCGGCGCCAGCUCUAGUUCAUGAGGCUAUUAAAUCACAGCCAAUCAUUCCACAUCCACUUCCCGCGCCGUCUCACGGUUACAGCUACCCCGCACCAGUAUCUCAAGCCUACAGCUAUCCAGCGCCAGCUCCACCAGUUCAUCAAGAUGUGAUAUCUCAGCCAAUUUCACCGCAAAGCACUUACAUUCCACCACCACCGGCAGUACCAGCACCAUCAAGGGGCUACAGCUAUCCAGCCCCAGCUUCAGUUCACGAGGCUGUGAAAUCCCAGCCAAUCAUUCCACAAAACACUUACAUCCCACCUGCACCGCCAGCGCCAGCGCCAUCUCAGGGCUACAGCUAUCCAGCGCCAUCUCAAGGCUACAGCUAUCCAGCGCCAGUUCACCAAGAAGUGAAAUCGGAACCGAUUAUACCCUCAUCUUCUCUAGAACAGGAUGGCUACCAUUAUAAGACCGUUCGUCGCGUUGUUUAUAGACGUCGUUUACGAGUUUAA